AUGAACAACUGGAAUCAGAAAAUGGAUUGCGAAAUUGAGCAAGAAUCGUAUGAUCUUAGCUGUGGGCAGAAAUUUGCAUUGUGGAUUUGCUGCAGAAAAAGGGAAGAAGACAUUUUCGAUCAAGGCGCAGUGAAAAACGAUUCCGCGAAGAACCAUGUGAUCGACACUCAACUUCCUGGCUACCUGAACCGAUUCGACUACCAGAAAAACGAUUCCGACGGGUCGCACUCAGAUUCUGAUUCGCUUCGUAAAAACGGCAAAUCCAUUAGCUCCGACGGAAUGGACGAUUCUGGAAUGGGGUCUGCUUCUGACUCCGGCCGGCGAACUGGAAAUUCUGACUCGGAACCAGACACUUCUCUUUCUGAAAAGCCGAAGAAAAAGAAGAUAAAUGAGCGAUCCGUUGAUACAGAAAAUAAUGGAGAAGGGCUCACAUACGAGCAGAUUCAGCAAAAUACGCAAAUGAAGAGGCCAAAGAGAAAUGGAUCCACGCUUUCGAGGUUUUCUCAUAUCUUCAAAAAUGAUGGCAAGAAACUUUCGGACACUUUGACCGAAGAAUUCAGACUCAAUGAUCGGUUCAGCGGUCUUUCGAUGGAUCGAAUCUGGGGUGGUUUUCUCCAGCAACUUCGCGAAGAGGAGCAAAGCGCAAAGACUCCAUCAAAGCAGCGCAGCAGCAACGCCAGCGAAGACGAAGACGCCGCCAGAGGAAGCAAGUCCAGCGAGUCGACAGCUGGCAAAAAGAACUGCCAGCUGAUUGGCAAAAUGUCCUGUCAAUCUAAAGAUCCUUUUCCAUGA